GGAGACAGAUGAUUGUGAGAAAUUGAAUUGUAAACGUUUGUUGAUUGUUUUCAAUGUUUUAUUGUUAAUUGUUGACUGAUUUUAAUUAUUAUUUUCUUUUUUGUUAAUUGAUUGUGAUCUCUAUUUUCGAUCUAUCACCAGUUGCAGUUGAAUAUGGUUUCCAUUGGGGAAGAAAUUGCCACCGGUCAUGAGGAUAUGAUCCAUGAUGCGGUUGUUGACUUUUAUGGAACCAAAUUGGCCACUUGUUCAUCUGACCGAACAAUUAAGCUUUUUUCGAUUGAGGCCAACAAUCAGAAUUUAAUUGCUGUUCUUCGAGGGCAUGAGGGUCCUGUUUGGCAAUUGGCAUGGGCUCAUCCUGCUUAUGGUUCUAUUCUUGCUUCCUGUUCAUAUGAUAGGAAAGUUUUAAUUUGGAAGGAAACUGCUACUAAUAAGUAUGAAAAAGUUUACGAGUAUAGUGGACACGAAUCAUCGGUUAAUUCAGUUCAAUGGGCACCUAAAGAAUAUGGGUUAAUGUUGGCUGCUGCUUCUUCAGAUGGAGCUGUUAGUUUAAUCUUUAAUUCAGGUGGUGGAGGUGAUAAUUCUUGGUCAACUAGAAAAAUUCCAAAUGCUCAUGGUAUGGGAGUAAAUGCUGUCAGUUGGUGUCCCUCUCUUAUUCCGGGAAUGUCUCUCUUUCAAAAUGAUCCAAGUUCUGGUAAAACUCAGAUGAUUAAACGCUUUGUAACUGGAAGCUGUGAUGGUUUAAUUAAAAUUUGGAAAUACAUUGAUGACGAGGAUAAAUGGGAAGAAGAAUCUAAAUUGGAAGGACACAUGGAUUGGGUUCGAGAUGUUGCUUGGGCUCCAUCGAUUGGUAAAAGUUACAUUGCAAGUUGUGGUCAAGAUCGUAGAGUCCUAAUCUGGAAAAAUGAUGGACAAUCAAAUGAAUGGAAAUGUGUCCAAGUUAUGGAUAAAUUUGAAGAUGUUGUCUGGCAUGUUUCCUGGUCAAUCGCUGGUAAUAUAUUAGCAGUUUCCGGUGGAGAUAAUAAAGUAACUCUAUGGAAAGAAACCUUUACCGGUGAUUGGAUUUGUAUCAAUGAAAUAGUAAACAAAGGAGCUCCCAUUUAAAACCAUAAAUCACAUACACAUACACACACACAACAAUCUAACCUUUAUCACAAACAUAAAAAAAGGUUAAAUGUAAAAUAAUUAUAGUAUUUUUUUCCAACUCUUUCAAAACGAAAUCUUUUUUUUUCUCACCCAAAAAUCCAAAAUCAGAGAACAAGAAACACAUUUACCAAAUUCGAAAA